AUGCAUGGAAGUGAUACAGGUGCAUACGACGCUGAAGGAAGGUUUGUUCCUGCAAAGUUUGAAGAAAUAUUCACAAAGCAUGCAAAGGUCAGGCCAGAUGCGUUAACGUCUGAGGAGAUUGAGGAGAUGAUUCUAGCAAAUCGAGAUCCAUUAGACCCCCAAUCAUGGUCUGCACCUGAAGCAGAAUGGGGACUGACAUACAAGCUUGCAAGUGAUAAGCAAGGAUUCCUUCACAAGGACUCUGCAAGAGGCAUAUAUGAUGGAAGCCUUGGAGUCCAUAGUUCACAGUAUCUUGGGUACAUUGUAAAGUAUAUGGACCAAUAUCUUGGGUGUUCACUGAAGAAUGAUAUAAGCAUCCAAGUAGUCGGCUUGUGUUCACUGAAGAAUGAUAUAUAA